AUGGUCUCAAAGUUUAUGCGGUGCGCUGCCGAAGCAGCAAGAAAAGCGGUUGCACGCAUUCGUGCAGCCGAAGAAAAUUCUUUUCUUGCUUUAGCAGCAGGUGAUUCGUCGCCUGUUGCUGUGAAUAGUCCACGUGGUGAGUCGCCACGUGCGACAGGUACAUCCGCUGCGUUGGCAGCGGGUACUGCGAAUCACAAUGUAAAUGAGUCUGAAAUUGGGCCUAUCUAUUGUGGCGAUUCGGAUGAUGCAUACGACUCGAAGGCGACAACUUACGCCUUCGGAUCAUCCGGGGCAGACACUGCAAGAGCCAGGUUGACUGGCUCUGGAAAACGUGGCGGCAUCAUGCUCGAGAUCUUCGGACCGAGCAAUUCUUCUGACGAAUCCUCGCCUCACGCAAGUCUAUCCGACGAUAGGACGCGUGGUAAUGGUGAUGAUGCCCCGAUGCAUCACCACGAGAGAAGCAACUCGAGAGAUCGAGCUGCCACUCGUUUCAGUGAUCAUGCUGACACCACUUAA